AGGAAACCAUGCCAACCUCUAGUGUUAAUCAUAACUCCGUAAUCGAUUUGACAUAAAUGACGCCAUUCAAAGUCCCUGAGCUGCGUUGGGUGAAGAAUAGGUGUCCAAUUAUAGGCUUUGCUUUACUAUGACUCACAGUACACUAUUACACCCACACAAAACCCCUCCUCCCACCUAGUAUUUAAACUAUUUCCCCCCCGUAUAUCACCAGGUAGAGAGAAAAAAAGGCUCUCAUCGUCCAAGGGUCUCAAACCUAUUGGCUGCACAGUUCUUAGACAAGUCAAACAGUAAGUGACAGAUAGGAUGUGUACAGGUAAAUGCUCCCGGUGUAUUGGGGUGACGCUAUACCCACUGGCAGUCAUCUCCAUCAUCUGUAACAUCAUACUGUUCUUCCCGGGUUGGGAGACCAGUUACGCCAAAGAUGGAUACAUUACAGAAGAGGUGAAGUACAUGGGAGGACUGGUUGGAGGGGGACUAAUGGUGUUGGUCCCAGCAUUGUACAUCCAUGUUACUGGACAGCAGGGAUGCUGUGCCAACCGCUGCGGGAUGUUCCUCUCCAUUGCCUUUGCUGCGGUCGGGGUUGCUGGCGCCCUCUACAGUUUCAUAGUGGCAAUGCUUGGCCUGAUUAACGGGCCCUACUGUAGAGUGCUGCUGCUCUGGAUGACUCCCUUCAAAGACAGAGAGGACAGUUACCUGAACAACCGUAAUCUGUGGAACUUGUGCACAGAGCCUAAAAACGUGGUGGAGUUUAACAUUGGGCUGUUUGCCAUCCUGCUGGCGACAAGCUCUCUGCAGCUGGUGCUCUGUUGCACCCAGAUGAUCAACGGGCUCUUUGGAUGCCUCUGUGGAACCUGCACCAACAAAGGGCAGGUUAUUUAAUGGAAGGAAGACUCUUAUUCUACUCUCAUGAUGGAUUGACUGGCGCCUCUAAGUGGACCAAGAGAGACAUUGGCUUCAAUAUGUUUGCAAUGUUAUGCACAACAUUCUCCCUUAUUUUAAUGUUUGCAAUGUGAUAUACCUUCUAAAUGUACAUUUUAGUCAUUUAGCAGACACUCUUCUUCAGAGUGACUUACAGUUAGUUGAAUUCACUAAGGCAGGUAAGACAACCGUAUAUCAACCGUAUACCAAAUUAGCAUUUGUCAGUAUAGUUAGAUGCAAAUGUAUAAUGUGUUUAACAGAAAAUAACGCUUUGUCCGAUACAUGGAUUGGUGUCAUUUCAGAAUUUUCCAGUAAACUCCUCAGUGACAUGCAAUUGCUAUUCAGUGGUGCAGCAUAUAAUAUACAAUAUCAAUUCUUUGUUCAUUAUAUACAUGCAUUGUAUACAUUUUCUGAAUUAAAAUGAAAUCUUUUUUAUUCUUUAAGGCUA